UAUAUAUAUGUAUAAUAAUGUUCUUUAAACGAUAUGAAAUUAUCUAAGAGUAUCAAUAAACGAAUUCAACAAAACCAUUGAACAACCAUUUGCGUUAAACAUCAGAGCGUUAGAAUCAUGGAAUCAGUUUCGAUAAAUUUCAGUUAACCGGGCAAUUUAUUCGAUGAUCAAAGGUCAAAAAUAAUUCUCUAAAUUGCAGGAUGAACGAUUUAAGGCUAACUACCGAUUCCGUAAUCGCACACAUAGGUAUCACGUUUUUAAACGCUAUACUCCACUAUGCGCUUUAUAGAGCUGUCGCAGCCACGAUCAUGCUGAUCAAAGAGACGAUAUUUUGGUUGUUCCGGAAGGUAGUGAAAUUUCGUAGUGCGACCACCACCAACGAAUCGGCUCGAUCCCCGAUGUCAUGUAACGUUUAACGUUUAUAUUUCGAGGAUAAAUUUUUGAGGCCUAUGUAAAUUCUGGUUAUUUUCUCCUACUCGUGGCAAAAUUACCGGUUACACGAUGACUAGCGCAUUGGAAAAUUUCAUCACCACCACCCAUCAGGAUUUUAAUUGGCCGUAUCCGGUACCCCUUGUUGUAAAACCGGCCCAACCGCCGAUGAACACGGGAAUUCGAUUAUAUAUGCCUAGAAUCGACCCUGAAGACUGUGCUUGCGACGAACAUGGGCAGAAAAUCGACAAAAGCAGAUACAAAUAUCUUGCCGACAAGGAACGACUCUUCUUGGAUCAAUUGCAAAAAGUGAAUCGUGAAAUGGUUAAUCUGACGUCAGCUAUGCUAGAGCAUACCUGCAAUUCGAUAGAUGAGACGAUGAAGAGUGUUUAUAAAACAGAUUACGCGAAAAGGGGAUUGCCCAUUAAAGAGUACAGACAGCUGAAAGCCGCGGUCGAUUCGGCUUACUGUUCACCGUUUCCGGAGGAAAUUACCGAGAUAAAAGAGGGUUACAGAGAUCCAACGAGAUUUCGAUAUACAGCCAUCGAGAGACCACAUAUCCAGCCAGCCAAAACGAUCACUUUUUGCCAAGUACCGGAAUUAUUCUCCGUAUGGGACACACCUUUCACCGGUCGUUCGGAAUAUAUGGAUACAUUUAGUAAAAUGGGUCUAAGCAACAUGAAAAAUCAACAGCAAUAUGCAGAACCGCAACCUUCGUCGAGAAGAAGAUUAGGAGAUUGCAAAUUAUAAAGUUAUUUCAUUAUGAAGAAAAAAAUGUCUCUCUUAUACAAAUGUCGAAACUGUCCAUUUACAGAAUUAACUAUAUAAAUAUUCGAUUGAUUAACGAAAAAA